UAAAUCUCUCAUGUGAUUCUGCCAGAUGUCUGCUUUAGUGAUGCCAUUGAAAACAAAUGUAUUAGUGCACUUUGCUGAUCUGGUGAAGCGAACUAAAGAGCAACAAUUCCAUGGAUUAAUGGGCAGAAGUACAGGAAUCACUCAGCCUGCACGACUUGGUGGAAGAAGAAACAAGGGGGAGAUUUUUGUUGGACUUAUGGGAAGGAGAUCUCCUAGUAAAGAUUUUCAAGAGGAAAGGGACAGACCACAACUUUACUCACUAUGCAACUGAAUUACGACCUGCUGUCUGUUGCGUUAGACACAAAAUAAAAAAAUACAACAUUUAAUCUGCAACAUAUUUUAUACAUGUUAGGGGUUUUUCAAAUCUUUAAAACUUUAAAUAUGAUUAAAUAAAAACAAAAUGUGUGUUAAAUUAGGAAUCCACAACAUCAAGCAAUGCAGGCUGUAUGGGUUUGACAUGAUUUAAAACGUAAAGAUAUCCAGUAAUAAAGUGCAAUAGAAAAUAUGAUUCACUUUCUUUAUA